UGGGAUGGGCGGGGCGCACAGCGGCAGCAGCAGCAGCGAGUCUGAGCUCCAACAUCCUGUCUGCUGAAGCCCCCUCCUCCUUUACGUUUACCUAAGACCCAACAGCCUUUCCCCAUGUGUUUGACUGCAUUUCCCUUAAAAACGAGAAAGUGACGAGAGUCCGAAGCAAACACCGAUUUAACAGCGUGAUCUCGUUUGUUCUUCAGUUCCUGCGCGCCAGCAAAUCAGGAAAACUGCUCGGUGUUGCUGGAUCCGAGGGAAGACUCGGGGAGGAGGCUGAACUACGCGACAUGAUGACCGAAAAGGACACAGGAACAGAAAACAUAAUAACAGAUGAGAUGGCGAAUCCUUCUUUGUCAAAGAGUGGAGGCGACCCAGGAAUCACCCCUCUAUCUCCUUCACAUAUCCAGCAAAGUGACACGGACCAGGUGCAGUCCGGACCGUCUUUUGUGGUGGUGGUCGCCAUCGACUUUGGCACGACAUCCAGCGGUUAUGCUUACGCUUUCACAAAGGAGCCGGAGUGCAUUCACACCAUGAGGCGCUGGGAGGGCGGAGACCCUGGUGUUUCCAAUCAGAAAACUCCAACCACCAUCCUGCUGACUCCAGACAGAAAGUUCCACAGCUUUGGAUACGCAGCCCGUGAUUUCUACCACGAUCUGGAUCCUAGCGAGUCCAAACACUGGCUGUACCUGGAGAAAUUCAAAAUGAAGCUUCACACCACUGCAAAUCUGUCCAUUGACACUGAGAUCCACGCAGCGAACGGAAAGCGAGUGAAAGCCCUGGACAUCUUCGCCUAUGCGCUCGCAUUCUUUAAGGAGCAAGCAUUAAAGGAGCUCAGUGAUCAAACUGGCAGUGAAUUUGACAACAGCAACGUGAGAUGGGUAAUCACAGUACCAGCAAUCUGGAAAAUGCCUGCAAAGCAGUUCAUGAGGGAAGCAGCCUAUAAGUCUGCUCUGGUGUCACGUGAAAACCCAGAACAGCUGAUCAUUGCUCUAGAGCCCGAGGCAGCUUCCAUCUAUUGUCGUAAGCUGCGCCUCCAUCAGAUGGUGGACUUGGGCACACAGACCACCCAGAACGGCUUCAGCCCAAACGAUAAUGUGGGGAGUGGAAUGACCCAAGUGUCUCCAGCUAAGGAGCUUGCACGGCGCAACCGACAGAGCCGCACCUUUUUGGUGGAAAAUGUCAUAGGGGAGCUUUGGUCGGAGCUGGAAGAAGGCGACCGUUAUGUGGUAAUGGACUGUGGGGGAGGAACAGUGGACCUGACUGUCCAUCAAAUCCGUCUUCCAGAAGGACAUCUAAAAGAACUCUACAAGGCCUCGGGUGGACCUUAUGGCUCCAUCGGGGUUGAUUAUGAAUUUGAGAAGUUGCUGUGUAAGAUCUUUGGCCAGGAUUUCAUCGACCAGUUUAAAAUUAAGAGGCCAGCCGCCUGGGUGGACCUGAUGAUUGCAUUUGAGUCUCGGAAGAGAGCGGCAGCCCCUGAGAGGACCAACCCUCUCAACAUCAACCUGCCUUUCUCCUUCAUUGACUACUACAAGAAGUUCCGGGGUCACAGCGUCGACCACGCUCUGCGCAAAAGCAAUGUGGACUUUGUUAAAUGGUCAUCUCAAGGGAUGCUGAGGAUGAGUCCAGAUGCAAUGAAUACCCUCUUCAAACCGACCAUAGACCAUAUCAUCCAACAUCUCACUGAACUCUUUGAGAAGCCAGAAGUUAGCGACAUUAAGUUCUUAUUCUUGGUUGGAGGUUUUGCUGAGUCUUCCCUGCUGCAGCAGGCUGUCCAGAACAUGCUGCAGGGCCGCUCCAGAAUCAUCAUCCCGCACGACGUUGGUCUAACCAUCCUGAAAGGUGCUGUGCUGUUUGGCCUGGACCCCAGUGUCAUUAAAGUACGUCGCUCACCCCUAACAUACGGGGUAGGUGUCCUUAAUCGAUUUGUGGAGGGCAAGCACCCGCCGGAGAAACUGCUGAUAAAGGACGGAACCCGCUGGUGCACCGACGUCUUCGAUACUUUCAUUGCUGCUGACCAAUCUGUGGCACUGGGUGAGAUGGUGAAGCGCAGCUAUACGCCAGCAAAGCCUUCCCAGCAGGUGAUAGUUAUUCAUGUUUAUUGCUCGGAGAAGGAGAGCGCAGGGUUUAUCAGCGAGCCCGGGGUCAGGAAGUGUGGGACGCUUCGCUUAGAUGUCAGUGGAACAGAAAGUUCAGCGCCACGCCGUGAGAUCCAGACCCUCAUGCAGUUCGGUGACACAGAGAUUCGAGCCAUGGCUAUAGACGUGUCCACAGGACGCACCGUCAAAGCUAGCAUCGACUUCCUAAGCCACUAAGGCUCAUAUGAGAACCUAGCUUCCAGAAUUCCCAGAAGCAGUAGUCAUGAAAAUACAGCUUCCACAUAACAACUAUGAAUAGUACUAGAAAUUUGCAACGUAUAAAAUUCCAGGCUCAGAUACUUUUGGUUGAAGAACGUUGAUAGGGUUCGACAUGAUACCCCCCAAAAUGUUGGACUGUAGCAUUUAUGGUAAAGGGAUCAAAUAGACAGUUUGCUUCAGCUGUCGCUGGUUUCCAUGUUUUCACUUUCUUUACUGAGGAGCACUGUUCUGCUAAAAGGCUUAAAGCAAACAUUGUUCUGAGAGCCCGGUGCUGAGGCAGGAGCUCUGCGUUGUCAGGUUUAAAAGGGAACACCGUCAACACUUGUUCAGUUCUGAUUUCUGUUCUCUGAAUUCUUAGUCAUUAGUCUUAUUGCACAUUAUCUCGCUGUGCACUGCAGAGGCGAGCCACGCACGAAUCAUAACUUUCACACAAAACUUCUAUUCACACAGAGGUUUUAUUUGCAGCAUUUUAACCUAAGUUAUAAUUGAUGAUUUUUUUUCUUUUUUUUUUUUUUUUUACAGUAUUUCAUAGUCCAGUGUUCAAAGCACUUGUGCUAUUACUGUAGGUGAGUAUGAUAACUUGCCCUGUGGAAAUGUGGUGGUAAGUUUUCCAUACUUGCUAAACUUUGAGCAGUAUUUGCUUUCCAGUUGCAACAAUCGUUAAGCUUCUUGGUAUCAUUUAGCAUCAGGUGUCAAAUAAAUAUUUUCCCAACUUUU